AUGAUACCUGCCAGGCUGGUCUCUUUCUCUUGCUCUUUGGAGGAGGUUCUGAAGUGCAGCUGCUUCUUCCAUGGGGUCCCUGUACCCUACGUACGAUGGUGGAUGAAAGGUGAUAUCGUGGGUAUAGAUGGCAUACACGAUGGCUCCCAGGUGACUUCCACCCACAUCGGCCCUUGGACCAACUCCACCAUCAGCCUGGCUGAGGUGCCAGAAAUGGGCACAAGCCUUCUCUGUGAGGGGAAGAAUACACAUGGAGUGCAUGGGAUGAGCAUCAUACUGAUGUCAAUAAAGAGUUCCUUGGUUACGCAGACAUUCAUCAACGGGUUCUUCCAGGGCCUUGCCUAUGGAUCCAUUGCGACUGCACUGCUCUUCCUCUGCCUCAUCCCAUUCAUAGUGAAACAUGUCAGAAGGAAGCUGGCAAAAAAAAUUGCAGCGAUCAAGGCAGAAAAGAACACUAACAAUGGAGAAUGCCAAGAACCCAAUGUGGAUCUGAAGCCUGAGGAACCGGAAGAAUACACAGUCAUGCCAUCUUCUGAGAGACAAAGAUUGGUGGUUCCUACCAUGCUGUUCUAUCACAUCUGCUCCUUGGAGAAGAUUCUGAAGUGCAGCUGUUCCUUCUAUGGUAUCCCCACACCCGUCGUGCAUUGGCUCAUGGAAGGUGUUCUUGUGAGUGUGAAAAACAUGAGUAACAUCCUUCAGGUGACUACCAACAUAACUGCCCCCUGGGCCAACAGCACCAUCUUCCUGCUUGGGAAGCCAGAAACAGUCAUGAACCUCCAUUGUGUGGCACAGAACAAAUAUGGAAACCAGAGUUCAACUGUCUUCCUGAUACCAGGAUCAGGGCCUCUCAUCUCCUCCAAGGCAGAAGUUGCCAGUCGCUCCUAA